CCGCGGCCAUUUCUCAUUGGCUAGUACAAGACCUCCGGGGCGGGGUCUCCGAGCUCUGCGCGGGCCUCGGCGGCUGAAAUGGAGGAAGACGGUCCUAACUUUAGGAAGGAGCUGGUAAACAAGUUGCUGUUCUUACACUUCAAGGAUGACAGAUGCAAAGUCAGUGCAGAUGCUCUGCAGCUCAUGGUGGAGAUGCUGAAGAUCUUUGUCCGAGAAGCUGCAGCGCGAGCGAUAAGGCAGGCCCAGGCUGAAGACCAGGAUAAAGUGGACAUUGAACAGUUCGAGAAGGUGUUGCCCCAGCUGCUUCUUGAUUUUUAGAAGCAGCAGCGAUGGAGAAGAUGAAGGUUAUUAGAUCAAGCUGAGCUACCUGAACCUUUUCAAGUCGUCUACCUGCCUCUGACUAUUCCAGGACAGGGCAUCAACCUCAUACCAACAUUUUGGGUGGUGUCUUAUUUCAAUAAUAAAUCCAAAGAGGCCAGAUUAUGUUUACUUCCUGACAUGACUGAACCAAACUAAACAGAAGGUCUGUAGCUGCUGUCUCCCCGAGAAUUUCUACGACAGUCACUUAGCAUCAGGAUGAGGGUCCCUUUCUUUCCCCUCUGCCUGGGUUAGAGAAUAAGGAAGCCUGUGUGGUGUCUUCCUGGAAGUAGCACAAGGUGGGAGGUGAGGGAGGAGGAAAGGGGUAGUGGAUGAGAUUCGGGGAUCAAGGUAAGAACUAAGAGGGGGCAAGCCAGGUCACGCUGGAACAAAGUGAAGUGCUCUAGUUCCAGCACACUUGGAUUUCCUACCCCAGGGGCUACUCAGUUAAAGAUUAAGGUGCUGGGCUGCCAUCCAUUCUUAGCUCCCUGGAAAACCAAGGCUGUUUGUACAUGGGGCUCAGGAGUCACCAACCCCCUGCCUUAUCUCCUGGCAGCCUCUGGCCUCAGCAGAAUCCCCCCAGCUAUGGCCCCAAGAGGAGCUCCCCAAGCCCUCUAUAGAGCACUGAGCUAAGCAUCAGGUACCUGAUCUCUAGUUUAUACACAGAGCCUGGUGCUUGCCUUCUCCCAACAUUCUUGCUGCCGUCUGACAUCAAAGCUAGUUUGUAACCUUUUAACCAUUUGAUAUUCUCCUCAGAAGCUGCUUCCCUGAGCUAUAAAUUUGUUCUCACAAAGCAACAUCAAUAAAUCAAAACUGUCUCCCUCCCUG